AUGAAAUUAUAUUUAUAUGUUUCAUCAUGUCUACUAUCAAUAAAAUUAUGCAGGAUCCAAGGAACCAGUUUCAGGGUUAUUGAAGAAACAGAAGAUAUGAUAGAAGUUUCAUUCAUGACAACUUGGAAUUCCUCUCUUAGCUACUCUUUUCCCUUGAAUGUCGACACAAGGUUUAUAAUGUUGCGUGGUGUUUCUGGUUUCUAUUCAUAUGCAAUAAUGGAACAUUUAGAGGGAUGGCCUGAUUUAAAUGUUGAUGAAGCAAGGAUUGCUUUUAACCUCCACCAAGAAAUGUUCCAUUACAUGGCCGUAUCAGACAGCAUACAAACACCUAUGCCAACAGCCUAUGAUCGUAUGGAAGGUCUAGUUCUUGAUUAUAAAGAAGCCGUUUUGUUGACAAAUCCUAGCAAUCCAGCCCUCAAAGGCAAGGUCGAUGACAAGUAUCAAUUCUCAUAUGACAACAAGGAUAGCUUGGUGCACGGGUGGAUUAGCUCCCAUCCACAUAUAGGGUUUUGGGUGAUAACACCAAGCAACGAGUUUCGUGCUGGUGGCCCUGUGAAAAAUGAUCUUACAUCUCAUGCUGGCCCGACUUCUUUAGCACCUUUUUUUAGUGGUCAUUAUGCUGGUUCGAAUUUCGGGAUUAGAUUACGAAAUGGAGAGCCGUGGAAAAAGGUCUUUGGCCCAAUUUUUAUAUAUCUCAACUCAAGAAGUUGGGCAGAUGCUAAAAAACAGAUGCAAGAAGAAACCCAAAAAUGGCCUUACGACUUUCCAAGUUCAGAAGAUUUCCCUCAUGCCAAUCAACGGGGUACCGUUAGGGGUCGAUUAUUAGUCCGUGACAGGUAUCUUAAUCCACAUUUCAUGCCUGCAAAAUCAGCAUAUGUUGGGUUAGCUCCACCUGGAGAUGUCGGAUCUUGGCAAACAGAAACUAAGGGUUAUCAAUUUUGGAGUCAAACUGAUGAGCAUGGUUACUUCACAAUAAGAGGCGUUCGAGGAGGUACUUACAGUUUGAAUACUUGGGUCACAGGAGGGAUGGGUCAUAAAUAUGAAAAUGAUAUUUUCAUCGAAUCAGGGAGUCAAAUUCAACUAGGCAAUCUUGUAUAUAGUCCUCCAAGAAAUGGUCCGACCCUAUGGGAAAUUGGAAUUCCUGAUCGUACCCCUGCUGAGUUCUACGUCCCUGAUCCGGCACCCGAGUUCAAAAACGAUCUAUUUAUCAACCCUACGGAGAAGUAUAGACAAUAUGGAUUAUGGGAUCGAUAUACAGAUUUAUACCCUGAUCAAGAUUUAGUUUACACUGUUGGCACCAGUGAUUACAGAAAAGAUUGGUUCUUUGCUCAUGUCAACAGGAGAACAAAUAGUACAUCAAGGUUUGAAGCAACCACAUGGCAAGUAUCAUUUGAUUUAAAAAAUAUCAGGAGGAAGAGAGGAACAUAUACAGUCCAUAUAGCUAUAGCGUCUGCCACUUGUAAGCAGUUGCAGGUUCGGAUCAAUAAUCCAAACAGAAUACGUCCUCAUUUUACCACAAGGUUGAUUGGUAGAGAUAACGCAAUUGCAAGACAUGGAAUUCAUGGAUUAUACUCGUUGUAUAGUUUCGAUGUACCACAUUUUCAACUCGUGCAUGGAAGAAAUACAAUAUAUCUAAAGCAAUCCCAAGGCAAAAAUCCUUUCUACGGAGUUAUGUAUAAUUAUAUUCGCUUUGAAGGACCACCAAAAAUCGAUCACUAG